AUGACAUCCGACGGCAAAGGUGCAGGGCUGUCGCUUAACCUGCGAUCCUUGGCCAUCAAGCGCUACACCCACGAAGAACGGAAAGAAAAGAACCUGCGUCAGCAGCUCCUAAGGAACGCCUUUGAAGAGGCCGAGGACUCGAGGGCCAAUUUCGAGGAGCAGGCCAGGGUCAUCAGCAGUAAGUUGCCAAAGAAGCACGCGGAGGGUAGGACCUUUGAUGCCCUGCACAUCCUAGCGCUGCAAAGGGCCAAGAGCUUCGAUUUGCACAUGGAGAACUGUCGGCAAAUCUCCGAGGGCUGGCUGGCACUGCAAAAUGUCCAUAGCUAUCAGGCCAUGUCCAGGUUAUAUCCACGACUGGCGGCCAUCGAGAAAGAGAUGGAAGAUACGAUUCGCAGCAUGACGGAGCUCACCAAUCCGGGUCGCCUGGUUUUUGAGCGAAAACCCCCCAGUGAUCGAAAAGUGGGAUAG